CUCUGAACCACAUUUCAAUUUGAUUUUGAGCGUGCAACCCUUUGAGAAUCAACACAGUUAUUGCCAACCAUCAAAGCGAAAGAAUGAUGCACUUGAGCGAAAAUUUGGUCGACGAGGUUCCUCGGUUCGUGAGAACUCUCUACGAUAUCUUGCACGACGAAGACCCCUGUAUCAUGUCGUGGUCGGUCGACGGCUCCCACUUUCAGGUCUUCGAUGUACCCAGGCUUGAGCGCGAGAUUCUUCCGAAGUACUUCAAGCACUGCAAGUUUGCGAGCUUCCAGCGGCAGCUUAACAACUUUGGGUUUCGCAAGUGGACGAAGACGCGUGCCAGCGUGUGCACCUUUAGUCACGAGUUUCUCCACCGAUGUCAUCCGUUUCAGCUUGCGGGGGUAGUAGCAGAGAUGGAGCAUCACAAGGCUGCUAUGUGUGCUGCAGCUUCUCACAUUGGUACGAAGCGUUUGAGAGAGGAAAGUGAUACCGACGAGCGAUUACUCCGCGUGGAUUUGAAGAGGCUGCACACUGAGGACAGACACGACGACCAGCGUGAGCCUGAACACGAGAUGGCUACAUUCAGUCCCGAGAACUUCAAUAGCAACUCAUGGCCAUUAGUGGACUUGUGCGCACUGGACUGGUCUCUGGUGACCGAUACUGGUCGUGAAGACGAGCUUAACGCACUACUUGAUCCAAUACUAGCUGAGAACCAAGUGACGACGACAACUCGUGCACAGACUGAAAACAAGAGCGUCAACAGCAACCUCGCUUCAAACAAAACCAGCACCGAGACUGGGCUGGAUGGGCUGCCUCCGCUAGACGUUGAAUAUCUGGGCGAUUCAUGGACUGACAUUUUUGACGAAGUAGCUUUGUAUUUUAAAUGGCAGAAAUGA